AUGUCCUCCAACAAGAGUGGUGGGGCUGGUGGAGGAGGCAUUGCAACCAUUUAUGUCCAUGCCGGCGCUGGCUUCCACAGUGUGCAGAACGAACAUCUACAUCUGCAGGCAUGUGAAAAGGCCGCGCGAUCAGGAAUGGCCGUUCUGCGCAAUGGUGGAACGGCUGUAGAGGCGGUCGAAAUGGCCAUCAUGUAUCUGGAGGACACUGAAAUCACCAAUGCUGGCUAUGGCAGUAACCUGACAAUUGAUGGAGAGGUCGAGUGCGAUGCUACGAUUGUCAAUCAUCUCGGGCGAAGCGGCGCAGUCGGAGCUGUGUCCCAAGUGAAAAAUCCCAUCAUGGUGGCACGAAGCAUCUUAAAUACGUCAGGAAAGCCAUUAACCCUUGCUCGUGUGCCGCCAAAUUUCCUGAUUGGACGAGGUGCAAGGGACUUCGCCUAUGAUCAGGGACUGGUGGUCCUGCCUCCUGAUGCUCUCGUGGCUCCGUCUGCAAAAGAAAGAUGGCGUCGCUGGCAGCAGGAGCUACAAGCCGCCGAGCACAAGGAAAGGACCAAGCUGGGGAACUAUGUCCCGUACCAGACUUGUUAUCGCCGUCCCAUUCCUUUCAACCCUGCCCAAUUGGCCAACGCUUCCAGUCCUCGUCUUCCCGCUUUGCCUGCGCCCAGCGCUGUGGUUCCCGGUUACUCGGAGCCUGCAGACCCACGUUUGACCUGUACCACUGCAAGUCUAUCCCCAGUGGAACCAACCCGCACACUUUCCGAUGCUUCUGCACUUAGGGAUGGCAGGUACAUGGAUGGAGGGCCUUGCACUUCCGCUGUGGAUCUCAGUGGACCGUCGUCCGAAACCUCUGAGGCCACUGUUAGCCAGCCUGCGGAGGUGAUGGACUAUGUCAGCGAUACUGUGGGGGCCAUUGCUGUGGAUAGCUGGGGCAAUAUUGCGGCCGGCUCGUCUUCUGGCGGCAUCGGGAUGAAGCACUCCGGUCGUAUCGGACCUGCGGCACUCGUGGGAGUUGGCACAAGUAUAAUCCCUGCUGACCCCAAUGAUCCAGAGAAGACCAGCGUCGCAGCCGUGACUUCGGGAACUGGCGAACAUAUUGCGACUACGAUGGCCGCGCAUACGUGCGCUAUGCGGAUCUACUACAGCCAGAAGAAACACAACGACGGCACAUUCGAGGAUGUUACCGAGGAGGAAGCAAUGAGCUCUAUGAUCGCAUCCGACUUCAUGGGCCAUCCCGGUGUUCGUGGAAGCAAAUGUCAAGCUGCGAUCGGCAUUGUUGCUGUCAAGAAGACUACGCAUGGCGUUUACCUCUAUUUCGGACACAACACUGACUCAUUCGUCAUUGCUUCGAUGAGCAGCGAGGAUAAACAGCCGGUGUGUGUGAUGUCCCGCAACAAUGGCAAUGGUAGCAUUGCUCAGGGCGGCCGCGCCACUCGAAGCAAACCCAUGUCGCAAGCCAAGUAG